AUGUCCUCACCUCCGCCACUUCCUCCCCGAACCCCUUCCCGCCUCUCGCCGUACCCUCUCGAUAAUCCACCCCUACAUACCUCCGACCCGCGCACCUCAUCAACCCAAUCCCUCGUCCCCUCCGAAGCAUCGCUCAGCAAACGGAGGCUCCUCAUAGUCUAUAUCCAUGGCUUCUACGGAAACGACCAGUCGUUCAGGUCCUUUCCCGCACAUGUUCACGCGCUGUUGAAGGAGCUGCUGGCCGAGACUCAUGUGAUCCAUUCCAAGAUAUAUCCGCGGUACAAGACGUACAAGGCUAUAGAGGUCGCCAGGGAUAACUUUAGCGCGUGGUUGGAACCGCACGAGGGCGACGGCACGGAUGUGGUCCUUGUUGGGCAUUCGAUGGGGGGGCUCUUAGCUGGUGAGGUUGUUUUGAUGCCAAACACAAGUCCGUACAAGACGCAGCCCUUCAAGCAUCGCAUCUUGGGCACCAUUGCCAUGGAUUCGCCAUUUCUGGGACUACACCCUGGCAUUGUAGUUUCAGGUAUUGCGAGCUUAUUUCAACCCUCGCCGAAUCAAGGGGACCUGCAGGAGCAGCAACAGCAGCCAGGACAGGAAAAGCUCAGCGCGUCGCCUGAUUCCGAGCCAUGUUCCUCAUCUGAGAGACUGCCAUCCAUCGACUCACGGAUUGACCCGAUGGACACGGGAGCUUCGCCACGUCCGCAGCGACAACCUACAGAUCCCCAUUUUGAUCCACCUUAUUACAAUGACGCCCCGUUCCUGGAGAAGCCUUUGGUCAAACGUCUCAUCCACUUCACGGCCAAACAUAAACGCGAAGGGCUGCUAAACGCGGUGGGAAGACACAUUACGUCGCACUUGGAAUUUGGUGGAUGUCUGGCAGAUUAUCGUGGUUUACAUGUGCGCUAUAACCGACUCCGGGCACUAGAGGAUGUUGAUGAGAUCGAAAAGAUAGCCCAAGGUCACCCGACUGGUGCGUAUGCCAGAGUUCGGUUUGUAAAUUACUAUACUUUGUCUCCUGGUCGACCGAAGCCAGUCAAAGCCGAAAAUGAACAGAGCCAGGAAAUACGGGCAGAGCGGAACUCUGUAGACCUGCAGCUUGCGGAGCUUGAUAUCCAGGAUAUCUCAGCCUCAAAGAGUCCGGGUCCCCAAAUACCAAAUACGCCAGAGAAGGAAGGGGAAGAAACCAUCCAGUUGGGCGCAAAUCCAGGUCCCCAAAUAGAAGACACUGUCGAAACUAGCACCAUACAAGAUGCACAAAACCAAGGAGAGGAACAGCACGAAACCCCGGCAGAGGAUACCCUCGAAUUAACUUCAGACAAUGCUUGCCGAAUAUCGAUGCAAGACAUAGACCCCAUCCCGUUUUUCGAAGCCGAAACCAAAGAAUGCCAGAGCCAAACCGUAACCGCAAACACAAACACAACGGAUGACCUCGAUCUCCCCCCUAUUCCUGACCUCCCACGCAAACCCACCUUCCCAGAUAUAGACGCCAAUCUCGACAAGGACGCCAAAAAGCAAGCUGAACGGGAAUCAAAACGCCUCCAAAAAGCCUACGCACAAGCUGUCAAGGACCGCGCCAAGGCGGUACAGGAGCGCGAAAAGGUGCUCGAGAGGAGACGCAAAAAGGCUGCGAAAGAGGCGGAAAAGCAGGCCAAGGACGCCGAGAAGACGAGAGCAAAACUAGAGAAGCAGGUAGAGAAACGGCGUGCCCGUGAGGAGAAGCAAGCCAGCGAGUCCGUUGCCGCGGAGGGACACGGAGAACAGGACGGCACCGAAGAUGCAGAGAGGCCAAAGAAACUGAAGAAGUUUUGUGCCUUGCCGAGCAAACGGGACGGGGCGAGAGAUCCAACCUGGGUAGAUGUAUACAUGGACGGGCUAGACGAAGUCGGUGCGCACUGUGGACUGUUUUUCCCCGGACCGCAUUACGACGGAUUGGUCGGGGAUGUGGGGAGUAGAAUCGCGGCAUGGGUUGGAGACGAGCUGACCAAGAGAGCGAUAUUCGAGGCUGGGUAA